GGUUUCCCAAGCCUCUUGUGUCCAGAUUCCCUGCACGGGAGCUGCUGGACUGAGGAUCUAAGGAAGCAGGAUGGAGGUCCCAGAGAGAGCUGGACCCCAACUCCCAGCCUGGGGUGGUAAAAAGGCAGGCAGGGGUGUCUCGGAGUUGACAGGGGCCGAGCAACGGAAUGGGAAGCCAAUCCCGCAGCCGUCGGCGGAGGGUGGAGCGAGCGCGCUGGGAGUGGCGGCUGGUCGGGGCGGAAGAAGGGCUGUCAAGUUCGUCUUCCCAGGCGGGUCUUGGCUCCGCCCGCCGCACCCACACCCGGGCGCCGGCGGUCCCUUUAAGAGGCUCCGGUCUUCCGCCCGCCGCCGCCAUGGCCGCGCAGAGGCUGGAGGACCCGCUGACCUGUGCCAUCUGCCUGGAGCUCUACCAGGACCCGGUGACGCUGCUCUGCGGCCACAACUUCUGCAGGGCCUGUAUCCGGGCCUGGUGGAGCCACCACGAGAAGGUGUGCCCCAAGUGCUGGGCGCCCUUCCCCGACAGCGUCGAGCUGCGCCGCAACGUGGCUCUGAGCGGCGUGCUGGAGGGCCUGUGCGCCCGGCAGGCGCCCGCGCCCGCGCCCGACCCCGGCCCCGGCGCCCGCUGCCCCCGGCACGGGAGGCCGCUCGAGCUUUUCUGCCGCACCGAGGGCCUCUGCGUGUGCAGCGUGUGCACCGUGCGCGAGUGUCGCCUCCACGAGCGGACGCUGCUGGACGCCGAGCGCCGAGAGCGCGAGCCGAUCCUGGCCCCCUCUUGUCACCUGUCCCCUGGUGGGCACCGCAGGCCCAGCUGAGAGCCACACUGGAGGUCACCCAGCAGCAGGCCACCCAAGCUGAGAGCCAGCUACAGGAGCUGCAGCAGCGAAGCAGCCAGAUCCAGAGCUCAGCCUGCACCCUGACCUCCGUGAUCUCUGGCAAGUUCAGCCGCCUGCUGCAGGCCCUGGAGAUGCAGCGGGACUUGGCUCUGAGGGACAUCGAGGUGGCCAAGACACAGGCGCUGGAACAGGCCCGGGACGAGAAACAGCGACUGCAGGGCCACCUGGAGGCCUUGUCUUGCUGUGACCACAGGAUUUGCAACCUCCUGGAGCAAUUGGAUGACCGGACCUUCCUCCAGGAAUCACAGCUCCUGGUGCCCCCAGGCCCUCUUGGGCCACUGACUCUCCCGCAUUGGGAUGAAGAUGAGCAGCUGGGUGGCCUGAAGGAGUCCCUGAGCCAGCUGUGUGCCCUCCUCCUGGAAGAGGGGGGCCACCCCGGAGCACCAGCUGAGGCUGCUGACUUUGGCUCCAUGGAGGCCCCAGAUCCCCUGGCACCAGUCCCGAGCCUCGUUUGUCCACUGAGGAGGAAACUCUGGCAGAGUAAGAAGGCCCAUCGAAUGUAUUAUCGCAACCUGACCUUCGACCCCGUCAGCGCCAACCGUCACUUCUACCUGUCUCGGCAGGACCAGCGGGUAAAGCACUGUCGCAAGCCCCGGGGCCCAGAUGGGCCGGGCAGCUUCGAGCUCUGGCAGGUGCAGUGUGCCCAGAGCUUCCAGGCCGGGCGGCACUACUGGGAGGUACGUGCGUCCAACCACUCGGUGACGCUGGGCGUCGCCUACUCGGAACUGACGAGGCACAAGCUGGGGCCCCACACAGACAACAUUGGCCGCGGGCCCAGCUCCUGGGGGCUCUGCAUUCAGGAGGACAGCACCCAGGCCUGGCACAAUGGGGAGGCCCAGCGCCUCCCGGGGGUAUCAGGGCGGCUCCUGGGCAUGGAUUUGGACCUGACCUCUGGCUGCCUCACCUUCUACAGCCUGGAGCCCGAGACCCAACCCUUGUAUACCUUCCAUGCCAUCUUCGCCCGGCCCCUCCACCCCGUUUUCUGGCUCCUUGAGGGUAGGACCCUGACCCUGUGCCAUCGGCCCGAGGCCGAGCUCCCUCCAGGGCUCCAGGAAGAGGCCUCAGGGCUCAGCUGAGGAAGGCACGGGAUGGAGCUCGGGGUCAGGACUAGGUGCCACCUGGCCUGUGGGCCCAAGAACUGCCCCAGCCCCUGGCCUGAGGGCCUGAGGCCACAGCUCUAACAGGACCAGUUGUUGGCCGGACGACCGAGUCAGGACCAGGCUGAGCCACUUGGAGAGAGAGGUGGGUGGAGCCUCCAAACUGGAGUUUACCUUUCCAGCCUCUCUGAAGGGGACAGGGGCUAAAGGAAAUAAAAUGGGAGCCCAGUUCUAGGCAGUGCCUGGACCUCAGAGGAUAGCGCAGUGCCCAGGGCUCCUGGUCCUUCAGGAGAGCGAGUGUGGUGCGGGACACACCGCAGAGUGGGACAGACGAAAAUCAUACGUGCAACAGCCGCAGUGUAGACCGAGGAAUGAACGAUUCCUAGAGGGAAUCUUGGGAAAAUUGAUAUUUACCUUUUCCCUCCUCAUCUUUAUCUCUUUUCUUUUUGUUAUUUUCCUUAACAUUUGGGAUAUUUUGGUCUUUUUCUUUUACUUUGUACAUCCUUGUGAUUGUAUUCUAUGAACAAUUGUGUUUUCUGCGCGUUUUAUUUAACAAGCAUUUUUCACAUUGUUAAAAACUUUUCUCUGAAUGACUACAGUAUAGACAGUCAUUCUAAUGACAAAGACAAAUUCUAAUCAGAAUUUGUUUACCCAUUAUUGGACAUUCAAAAUGUUUUACUUGAGGGCUCUAAAAAUAUGGCCGUGAUGACUAUUUUUGAACAGAAAGCUUUGGCCAUAUUUAUUGUUACGUACAUAGGCUACAUUUCCUAAAGAGGAAUUGCUCAACAGAGAAAUAAUGAACACUUGAAGAUUUUUUAUUUUUAUACAAAGGACCAAAAUAAAGAAACCUUGAGUCAGGCCAGCUAGGGCCCCUGCCCCCCCAUCCCACCAGGCAAGUUGUUGCGGCAGAGCCUCACCGCCGUCUUCCCCACCUCAUCCCCAGCCAGGGUGUGGGGAUUAAGCACAGUCAUUCGUGUACGUGCCAGCACACGGCCAACUCCUUUUAUUUUGGUUUUUGCUCUUCAGAACAUGUUUCCGCGAAGAUCCUUGUACGUGUUUUUGCUUGUGUUUCUGGAAGUGAGGGUGCUGGGCCAUAGGGGAGCAGUAGUUUUGUACUUGAAAUGUUCCACUUGAUCUGGGUGGUGGUUCCAAGGGUGUUUACUUUAUAACUUUUCCCACUGGACCCUCACGUUUUAUAUACUCACGUGUAAGUAUCUGACAAUAAAAGUUUUAAAG